AUGUCCCUCCAGAGGAUAGUCCGAGUGUCCCUGGAGCAUCCCACCAGCGCAGUGUGUGUGGCCGGAGUGGAAACGCUGGUGGAUAUUUAUGGGUCUGUGCCAGAGGGCACGGAGACAUUCGAAGUCUAUGGCACUCCAGGCGUGGACAUCUACGUCUCCCCGAACAUGAAGGCUUCCAGGGAACGGGCCGACACCAGGAGGUGGCACUUCAACAGGGGGCUUGAGAUCAUCGUGGUCAUGAACUCUCCGAGCAACGACGUGAACGACAGUCACGUUCAGAUCUCCUACCACUCCCGAGAGGAGCCCCUCGCCCUAGCCUAUGCUGUCCUGUACCUCACUUGUGUAGACAUCUCUUUGGACACCGACAUGAAUUGCGAUGGCAAAGUGGAGAGGAACUACGUGGAUAAGAGGCAAUGGGUAUGGGGACCUGGUGGACAUGGAGCGGUCCUCUUGGUGAACUGUGACCGGGAUGAUCUUACCUGUGACAACAGAGAUAACUGUGACAAAUGCGUGCGUUGCCUUGAAGACCUGCAGGACAUGUCGCUCAUGAUUCUGAGGACCCAGGGCCCCACUGCCCUCUUUGAUGACCACAAGCUGGUUCUUCAUGCCUCCAGUUUUGAUGCUGAGAGGGCUCGAGUCUUCCAUGCCUGUGGUCCCGAAGACGUCUGUGAAUCCUACAGGUACGCUCUGGGGCCCAACAAGGUGUCCUACGUGGUUCCUCGCUCCAAUGGGGAAGAAGAAAGGCUCUAUGUAGAAGGGCUUUCCUUCCCUGACGCUGGAUUCUCCGGGCUCAUCACCUUCCAUGUCACCUUGCUGGAUGACUCCAAUCAGGAUUUUCCAGAGUCCCCAAUCUUCACAGACACUGUGAUUUUUCGUGUGGCCCCCUGGAUCAUGACCCCGAGCACCCUGCCCCCCGUGGAGGUCUAUGUGUGCAAAGUAAGGAACAACACCCACUUCGUGGAAGCAGUCGCAGAGUUGGCGAGGAAAGCGGACUGCAAGCUGACCAUCUGUCCCCAGGCCGAGAAUCGCAAUGACCGUUGGAUACAGGAUGAGAUGGAAUUGGGGUACAUCCAGGCUCCACACAAGACUUUCCCUGUAGUCUUUGACUCCCCUCGGAAUGGAGAACUUCAGGACUUUCCCUAUAAAAGGAUCCUGGGCCCAGACUUUGGCUAUGUGACCAGGGAACCACGGAACAAGUCUGUCAGUGGCCUAGAUUCCUUUGGAAAUUUGGAAGUCAGCCCUCCCGUGGUGGCCAAUGGGAAGGAGUACCCCUUGGGAAGAAUCCUUAUCGGGGGCAACCUGCCUGGGUCUAGUGGAAGGAGAGUCACUCAGGUGGUCCGGGACUUCCUGUAUGCCCAGAAAGUUCAGCCUCCCGUGGAACUCUUUGUGGACUGGCUGGCGGUGGGUCACGUGGAUGAGUUCUUAAGCUUUGUCCCUGUCCCAGAUGACAAGGGUUUCCGCCUGCUUCUGGCCAGCCCCGGAGCCUGUUUCAAACUUUUCCAGGAGAAACAGAAAUGGGGCCACGGGCAAGCCCUCCUGUUUGAAGGUGUUGUAGGUGAUAACCAGGUGAAGACCAUGUCCAUCAAUCAGAUCCUCUCCAAUGAAAAUCUUAUCAGUUACAACAAGUUUGUCCAGAGCUGCAUCGACUGGAAUCGAGAGGUGCUGAAGCGAGAGCUGGGCCUGACAGAUCGAGACAUCAUCGACAUCCCUCAACUCUUCAAAACAGAGAGGAGGAAAGCAAUAGCAUUUUUCCCUGACUUGGUGAACAUGCUCGUGCUAGGGAGACACCUGGGGAUCCCUAAACCCUUUGGACCAAUCAUCAAUGGGCGCUGCUGCCUAGAGGAGAAGGUUCGAUCCCUGCUGGAGCCACUGGGCCUCCAGUGCAACUUCAUUGAUGACUUCACUCCCUACCACAUGCUACAUGGCGAGGUUCACUGUGGCACUAAUGUCCGCCGGAAGCCCUUCCCCUUCAAAUGGUGGAACAUGAUUCCCUGAGCUGGUUCUCUUCCCACUAUCUUCUCCUUUGCCUGGGAACUUCAGCAUGAAACAGAUGGAGGAUUCACCUGAAAGAUGGAAACUCUACACAGCAAAGAAAUCAAGGAAGUUUUGAGAGAAACCAAAUGCCACUGACAACACUGAGCCCUUUCCCUAGAGUCCCUCCCCUACAUUAGCUCUGUAUCUGGGAGCUGAAAAGCUCAGAGAAGGGUCCUCCCUCUCCAUGAAACAACAUAACCUCAUCCCUCCCAUGUUUCUCAGGUUUGAGACUCUCGAUGAAUUCCUCCAAACUGUUUGUCUGCUAUUUCUUCCUUUUGUAAACUCCUCUUCAAAAAAAAUCCAACUUAUGGAGUUAUAUCA